CUUAACCCCUCUCAUGGACUGAAACACUCGACUCUCUGGACUGUCUCUCUAGACUGGUUCAUUGUUUUAUUAUAUGAUAUGAAGCUCGUGUAAAUUACCAGAUCUGUGUCGUUGAUUUCAGAGAGACACAUCUUCUCGGCUCUCGCCAAUCUCUGAAGUCCAAACCACAAGUGCAAAAUGGGCAUCAAAGACGCCUCUCUCUUAUUAUUCUUCGUCGCAAUCUCUUGGGUUUCUACCAGUUUCGCCGAUUCAAUCCACGGUUGUGGCGGCUUCGUCGAGGCUAGCUCUUCUUUGAUCAAGGCGAGGAAGCCCACGGAUGCUAAAUUGGAUUAUUCUCACAUCACGGUUGAGCUUAGGACAGUUGAUGGGUUGUUGAAGGAUAGUACUCAAUGUGCUCCAAAUGGUUACUACUUCAUUCCCGUAUAUGACAAGGGUUCUUUUGUAAUUAAAAUCAAUGGGCCAGAUGGAUGGUCAUGGAACCCAGAAAAGGUUCCUGUCGUUGUUGAUCAUACUGGCUGCAAUGGUAGUGAAGAUAUUAAUUUUCGGUUUACAGGGUUCUCAAUUUCUGGUAGAGUUGUGGGAGCUGUUGGCGGAGGGAGCUGUUCUGUUAAAAAUGGAGGUCCUUCAAAUAUUGAAGUUGAACUUUUGUCUGAUACUGGUGAUGUUGUUUCUUCUGUUCUAACAUCAGCAGGGGGGAAUUACUUGUUCAAAAAUAUUAUUCCAGGAAACUAUGAACUACGUGCUUCGCAUCCUGACUUGAAAGUUGAAAUUAGAGGUUCAACAGAGGUGAAAUUGGGGUUCGGAAAUGGCGUAGUUGACGACAUUUUCUAUGUCCCUGGGUACGAUAUUCGUGGAUUUGUUGUUUCUCAGGGAAAUCCAAUAUUGGGAGUUCACGUUUAUUUAUACUCGGAUGACGUCUUAGAGGUAGACUGUCCCCAAGGUUCUGGUACUGCCUCUGGAAUGAGGAAGGCGCUCUGCCAUGCUGUAUCUGAUGCUCAUGGGAUGUUUGUGUUUAUAUCAAUACCUUGUGGAACAUACGAGCUCAUACCUUACUACAAGGGGGAAAACACAGUAUUUGAUGUUUCACCUCCUGUCAUGUCAGUAAUUGUGGAGCAUCAACAUGUGACAGUUCCCCAAAAGUUCCAGGUCACUGGAUUUUCUGUUGGUGGCCGUGUUGUUGAUGGAAAUGAUGUAGGAGUUGAAGGUGUUAGAAUCAUAGUUGAUGGUCAUGAAAGGUCCAUCACUGACAAACAAGGGUAUUACAAGCUUGACCAGGUUACUUCCAAUCGCUAUGCAAUAGAAGCCACAAAAGAGCAUUACAAGUUCAGCAGUUUGAACGAUUAUUUGGUAUUACCGAACAUGGCUUCAAUUGUGGAUAUUAAAGCAGUUUCCUAUGAUGUCUGUGGUGUGGUUCAGAUGACUAGUUCUGGUUACAAGGCAAAGGUAGCUUUGACUCAUGGCCCUGAAAAUGUCAAACCUCAAGUGAAGCAGACUGAUGGAAGUGGAAGUUUCUGCUUUGAGGUUCCACCUGGUGAAUAUCGUUUAUCUGCUUUAGCAGCUUCGCCUGAGAGUGCUUCUGGUCUAAUGUUUUUGCCAUCUUAUAUCGAUGUUGUGGUCAAAAGUCCAUUAUUGGACGUGAAAUUUUCUCAGGCAUUGGUCAAUGUGCGUGGUACUGUAGCCUGCAAGGAGAAGUGUGGUGCUUCUGUUUCUGUUACCCUUGUUGGUUUAGCUGGUAAACGAAAUGAAGAGAGGAGGACUGUUAGUUUGACUGAUAAGAGUAGUGAAUUUCUCUUUCAAAACGUCAUCCCUGGGAAAUACAGAUUUGAGGUCAAACACAAUUCAGAAGAACCUGCAGCUGUAGAAGAUAAUUGGUGCUGGGAGCAAAGUUUCAUUGAUGUGGAUGUUGGUCUUGACGACGUAAAAGGAAUUGAAUUUGUUCAAAAAGGUUACUGGGUCAAUGCCAUUUCCACCCAUGAUGUAGAUGCUUAUAUGACUCUACCAGAUGGUUCAUCCAUUAAUUUGAAAAUUAAGAAAGGUUCUCAGAAUAUUUGUGUAGAAUAUCCUGGAGUGCAUGAACUUCAUUUUGUCAACUCGUGUGUUUUCUUUGGGAGCUCAUCAAUUGAGAUUGAUACAUUAAACCCAUCGCCUAUUUAUCUGAAAGGACAAAAGUAUCUUCUUAAAGGACAAAUCAGUGUUGCAUCAAGCUCGUUUGAUGGUGUCAAUGAGCUACCUGAGAAUUUCAUUGUCGACAUUCUAAGUAGCGGGGGCAGUAUUAUAGAUGGGACCACAGCUAGACUUACUUCCAGUGAAAAUGACCAAAGUGCUGCUGUGUAUGAAUAUUCUGUAUGGGCCAAUCUCGGAGAAAAACUUACCUUCGUUCCUCAGGAUUCAAGAAAUAAUGAGAUGGGGAAGAUCUUGUUUUAUCCCAAACAACAUCAUGUCGUAGUUACAAAUGAUGGUUGUCAAGCUUCAAUCCCUCCAUUCUCUGGUCGAUUGGGUUUAUAUAUUAAAGGAUCAGUCUCUCCCCCCCUUUCUGGUGUUCAUAUUAAGAUUCUGGCUGCUGGAGAUAGCCGCAUUGCUCAACUUAAGGACGGUGAAUUAGUACUUGAAACUACCACGGGAAAGGAUGGUUCCUUUGUUGGGGGUCCUUUAUAUGAUGAAAUAACAUACAGUGUUGAGGCUUCCAAGCCUGGCUAUCAUUUAAAAAAAGUUGGCCCUCAUUCCUUUUCUUGUCAGAAGCUUGGCCAAAUUUCCGUAAAUAUAUAUUCUAAAGAUGAUGCUAAAGAGCCUAUUCCUUCAGUGUUAUUAUCUUUGAGUGGCGAUGAUGGCUACAGAAACAACUCAGUAUCUGGAGCUGGUGGAACCUUCCUCUUUAAUAACUUAUUUCCUGGGACUUUCUAUCUCCGUCCUCUGCUGAAGGAGUUUGCUUUUUCCCCUCCAGCACUGGCGAUAGAUCUUGGUUCUGGGGAGUCUACAGAAGCGGUUUUCCAGGCCACUCGAGUGGCUUACAGUGCCAUGGGUGUGGUCACUUUGUUGUCUGGCCAACCAAAAGAAGGUGUGUUAGUUGAAGCCAGAUCAGAAUCAAAGGGCUUUUAUGAGGAAACAGUGACUGAUCCAUCUGGAAGUUAUCGUUUGAGAGGACUCCUUCCUGACACAACCUAUGUAAUCAAAGUAGUAAAAAAAGAUGGUUUGGGUAGCGCUAAAAUUGAGCGUGCAUCACCAGAAUCUGUUACUGUCAAGGUUGGCUACGAGGAUAUGAAAGCAUUAGAUUUUCUGGUCUUUGAACAGCCAGACACAACUAUUUUAAGUUGCCACGUUGAAGGAAAGAGAAUAGAGGAACUGCAUUCACAUCUACUUGUGGAAAUCAAAUCAUCUAGUGAUGUUUCUCGGAUUGAGUCGGUCUUUCCUCUUCCUCUUUCCAACUUUUUCCAGGUGAAGGACUUACCUAAGGGUAAGCACCUUCUGCAGCUCCGGUCUAGUCUUCCGUCAAGCAGCCACAAGUUUGAAUCUGAGAUUAUCGAGGUCGAUUUAGAGAAGCAUACUCAUAUACAUGUUGGCCCACUUAGAUACACGUUUGAAGAGGAUCACCACAAACAGGAUUUGACUCCAGCACCAGUUUUCCCUCUUAUUGUUGGAGUCUUAGUGAUUGCUCUGUUUGUCAGUAUUCCAAGGUUGAAGGAUUUAUAUGAAGCCACGGUGGGAAUACCAACACCCGGAUUCACUACAACUGCAAAGAAGGAAGUGCGGAGGCCAAUUUUGAGAAGGAAGGCUUACUGAAUGUCAGUUUGUGCCUAAUGGAAAUGCACAAAUAUUAGAUCUGCUUUGCCUUUGCUGUUUCGAGGUUGAAGAUGAACUUAGCCUAGGAAAGAGCUUUAGAAAAUUAGAGCCACUCAGGGUAUUUCCUCUCACUGUGACGUAGGCAUGUAAGGUUUUGUGAUAUAAACUUUGCAUUUUUUUUAAAAAGCAAAAGCUUCCACCAUGGUUGAGGCCCUUCAUGUCCUAAUUUUUGGCCUUCACACUAGUGGACAUGCAAUUUUAAGAUAAUAUUCUUGUACUUGGAAGUGAGUGACAUACAGGACGAUUCAUAAGGAUAGGAUUAAGUUAGGGACAUGAAAGGUAUUACAUUUCUUAAUUCUUCCCCAACACAAGCGGUAGAUCAACAGGCAUGCGUAUGUAUGUUUUGAAGCUACACUUACAAAAUAACAGAUUAUGCAAUGUUUCUUAUUGUGGGUGAUGUUGGAAUCAUCAUGAA